UCUCCGUAGGCGACGAUAGUCGUUCCUUUGCACACAGAGUGCGUGCGUGUGGGCUGGUUCAGCUGGUUUUCAGAUCGACCUGCGGCGGGCACCCUCGGAGAAGAUGCCGAUGAGACAGUGGCUGAUCUGCGUGGUGGUGGCGAUCUGGUUGGCGGACUCGUUGGCGCAGACGUUCCAGUACUCGCACGGCUGGACGAGCGGGAAGAAGCGGAGCGGGAGCGGUCUGCUGGGACCAGGAGCGCUGUCCGCGGCUUCGGCUUCGGCCCGCAGAGACGCAGGUGUCGACAGAGACAGAGAAGAGCCGCAGCCGCUGCCGUACGAUCUUGCCCAUGACCUGGCUGCCGCGCCGCCGUUGCUGGCGUCGCUCCCGUCAGGGGCCGCGGCCGCCACGCUCAGGCGGCUAGCACUCGAGGAUGGCAGGCGAGUCUGUAGAAUGAUCUUGUCGAUAGCCGAAAGUCAAAACUGUUUCAAAAUCAAGGAGGACUUUUUCAGGAUAACGGACGACGCAUAGUUCUGAACUCAUGUGAUACUCACCAUAAUCAUACCCAACAUUAUACAGAGCACUAUUUUUAUUGAUGGAAGAAAAACGUGUAAAAAAUAAAUAAAUUAAUAAAAAUUAAAAUGAUCGUAAUCUCUAAAACAUUUGUGUAUCAAAUCCUGAGGGAAAAAUGUAUUUUAUUGGGACGUGGAGAGAAAUGUCACUCGAUAUUUUGAAGGAAUAAAUU